UGGAACCUGUUGAAGGAGAUGGUGGACAUCUUGAAACCGUUUGAAGAAGCAACUGAUUUGACACAAGGUGAGAAAAUAGUCACAAUCAGUGCUGUUGUUCCAUCCGUGCUGUCCCUCAAUCACCACCUUGAGAAACUGAAGCCGCAAGUCCGUUUCCUGAAUGGUCUGGUCAGCAGUCUCCAGGCAUCUUUGAACAAAAUAUUUCUUGGAAUUUUUAUCAGUGUACAAAUGGCGAGAGCAGAAGAAGGGAUCACUGCACCCUUUUCAGAUCCAGUGUACCUCAAAGCAGCUGCUUUGGAUCCAGCGUUUUCUCUGUUGUGGGUGGAACACCAUGUGUUGGGCAGUCAGGACAUGAAGACAGAAGUGACACAAAAAGUUAAAGAUCUGAUCCUGGAAAAUGCUGCAGAUCCUGCAAAGUUGGAGCAACACGUGACUCCUGGUGAUAAAGAUCAAAAGGACUGUGAAGAUGGAGGACUGUUUGCUGCUUAUUGUAAGAGGCAGAAGAAGGAUGUCCAGACAAGUCCAGCACUACAGCUAAGUCAUUACCUCCAUAUUGCUGAUGGACAGAACGCCCUCUUGUUCUGGGCAAUGAACAUGCACACUCUUCCUUCACUGUUUAAUGUGGCCACCAGAGUUUUGGCAGUGCCUGCUUGCAGUGCUCCAGUGGAGCGUGUCUUCAGCUAUGGUGGCAUCAUUUUACGUCCUCAUCGUGCACAAAUGACAGACAGAGUUUUGGCCAGUUUGGUCUUUUGCAAAUGCAAUGCAGAAUAGUUAACUGAAAUACAGUAUCCUCAAUUGCAGAUUUCUGUUAAUUGUUCAGUUGAUAUAUUUGUUUUGUUUCUUAUGUCACUCAAAACAUGGACACAUAAAAAUACAUGUUCACUCAGUGACCAGGUCAGAGAAAAGAGGAAAAAACUGCUGUUA